AAUCAGAUACCUGUACAAUGCAAGCUCCUGAGUGACUGUCGGCUGUGUUUGAUGUAAAAUGUCGCUAGAAAAACAAAGGACGACCUGGGAUGAAAAAGAGCGACUGUGUGCCGUGCGGCUAGUGAUUGAACAGUACGACGUGUUAUACGGAGGAUUUGCCGACGGAAUCACAUUCAAAGAAAAGUCGGCCGCCUGGAAUAAGGUGGCCGAUGACUUGAAUGCAUCAAGCAAUGUAAAGCGGACACCUGCAGAGGUUAAGAAAUUGUUCCAGAAUGUGAAAAGUAGAGCCAAGAAAAAGUAUAACGAAAACAUGGCCACUGGUGGCGGUCCAGUUGGCAAGAUAACACUGGCAGAGGAAAUUGUCCUUGAAUUUCUGAAGGACAAGCCCCAACUCAUAGGGAUCCCAGGCGGGAUAGAAUCUGGAGUGAUAGAGCCUGUGGAAGAUGCUGCCAGUGUUGCAGAUUUGGUUGUGCAACAAGCCCCAAUGACAGAGAGUAAGCACAUCAGCACGCAUCAAGAAACAGUGUCAGUUCAUGCCAUUGAACAUCCAAGUGUGUCCCAUGAACACCCAGAUGAACCCAGAGUGAUGCAGACAAAUACAAAGAAACGUCGUAGGAAGUGCAUGGAUAGGAUUGAGCUCACCGAGGAGCUUCAUGACCUUGAAGUUUGCAGAGCAAGAAAGGAGAUUGAACUUUUAGAUUUAAAAAUAGCUCAACAACGUGAACUUUUCCAAUUGAAAAAAUCUGUUCUGGAGAAUGCCAUGCGAAAUGCUAACAUGGAUUUCAACAUUACUUUUCCAGGAUUAGGAAAUGAAAGUUACAAUUUUUCAUAAGAUCUCUUUUUGAAUGCAGUAUAAAUUGUUAAAGCUGCACUCUCACACAUUUACCAUUUUUACAACUUUUUCAUGUUUUGUCUUUAAUUAUAUCAUAGAUUUCAAUAUUUCUGUUCGAAAAUUAAUAUUUCAUGGCUUAAAUGCAUAAAAUAUCAAUUUUUGCACUUGAUUAUAAAAAUAUGGGAACUAAUUUUUGUCAUGAAUCUCACAUAACUGGUUCCCUUGGAUUUUCACAAAAAUUGGCUCGUUCCAAGAUAAAAAAUAA